AUGAACAACACGAAGGACCAACAAAGGAGCGGCCUGACGGUGCCGGAACGCACCCCCGACAGGGGGGGCAGAUCAGCACCACCCCGCCCACGGCCCCAAGAGGGAGGAGCAUGUGGUGGCGGGGAUGGGGGCAAAGGAGCCACCGCAACUGCGGUGGGCGGGGCCCGGUCCCCAGAAAAGAGGCGAAACCCACCCCCCAGGCCAGGAAGCACACGAGACCCCCUAAACCCCCCCAGCCCCCAACCCACCUCCAUCCCAGAUCCCACCAUGGGCACCAAGCCCGAGAUCGGGAAACCACCUAAGCGAAAACAGGGCAACACCCCACGGAAACCGUGUCCCCAAAAUCCUCGUCAGCCGUCCGCCCCCCGUGCCAAUCUCCCACGAAUCCCAGAGCAGGGCCCCCAAGACCACAGCAGAAAUGGCGAGACUCUGGUUCUUUUUUAA